AUGGAUCCCGAGCUACGCGCCUACCUCGACCGGUUGGACUCCAACGCCAACGAGCGCGCCGCCGCGGCUGACGCCAAUUCUAACGAACGCGCCGCUGCCGCUGACGCCAAGUCCAACUCCAUCCUCAAGGCGCUCGAUGCGCAAACAGAGCGGAUCGAUGCAUUGACCGCCUGGAGACCGAAGCUCGAAGCCCGCUUCGCCAAGCUCGAAAUAGCCUUCGCCGUGCUGCAGGCUGCGUCCCUUGCAGCAGCGUCUUCCCCUGGUGGAACGCCGCCGCCGCCCCUCUUCACGGCGCCAGGCGACUUCCACGGGCUAGCUAGCCACGACGCGACGCAUCUUCCCGGAGGAACCCCGUCGGUGACCUUCGAGUUGCCGCCGGACCCUCCGGUCACGGGUACGGUCGCCCUCCCUGCUCCUAUGCUCUCUGCACCUAUGAUCUCGGCCAUGGGGCAGCAGCCGCCCACUAUGGCGUUCCCAGUUUUCACCGGUGACAACCCCCAACUGUGGCGCACACUAGCAGAGCAGUAUUUUCAGAUGUUUGCAGUAUACAAAUCGUAUUGGGUACCGAUGGCCAUACUCAAUUUCUCAGGCACUGCAGCAAUUUGGUUGCAAUCAGUUCAGAGAAAAUUGACAGGAAUGGACUGGGACUCAUUCGCAGCUCUGCUUUGCAGGCGCUUUGGCCGUGACAAACACCAGAUGCUGAUUCGUCAGUUUUAUGCAAUUAAGCAAAUCAAUUCUGUAGCAGAUUACAUUGAGCGCUUUGAAAAUCUGAUGCAUCACUUUAUCUCUUACUCAGAGCUAACUCACCCAUUUUUCUUCCUUACACGCUUUGUUGAGGGGCUUCGACCGGAUCUGCGGGUCGUGGUUCUCAUUCAGAGACCUCCGGACCUCGACACUGCAUGUUCGCUGGCCUUACUUCAAGAGGAAGUAGCCGAUGGCGAAGCGCUACUGCAACACAACAAAUGGAAGCCCUCUUCGUCUGUUCAAAUGCAGCGUUCAUAUCCGGCCAGUGCAAGCCCAGCCCCAACAUUCUUCAGUAAACCUGCACCAGCCUCUAUAACAGCAGAAGACCGCAGAGGCACUGAUGCAGCACGAGCCAAUACUGACAACUCCAAAAUGAACACACUGAGAGCCUUCAGGAGAGCUCGUGGGUUGUGCUUCAAGUGUGGUGAACGUUGGGGAAAAGAUCAUACAUGUCCAACCACGGUUCAGUUACAUGUGGUGGAAGAGCUUCUUGAUAUGAUAGCUAGUGACUCAGAGGGUGAGCACAUCACCACAGAAUUAAUUGAUGGGGAUGAAGAGAACUUGUGCACACUGUCUCGUCAGGCAUUGGACAGUUCUUCAGAUUCUGGUGUCAUGCAAAUUCAAGCUUGGCUUCAAGGCCGUGAGAUGUUGUUGUUAAUUGACUCGGGCAGUUCAUCCUCGUUUGUCAAUGCUCAAGUGGCCACCAAGUUGCAAGGGCAGAUCAAUCUUCCCACACCCUGCAGAGUGAAAGUGGCCAACGGGGGAAUCAUUCAGUGUCACAGUUACAUACCAGCUUGCGCAUGGUUUACUCAAGGCCAUGAGUUUUCCCUCGAUUUCAAGGUCAUCUCACUUGGGGCCUAUGACACUAUACUGGGCAUGGAUUGGCUUCGCAAACACAACCCGAUGCAAGUUGAUUGGGAAGCCCAGCACCUGUCAGUCACAACACCAAAUGGACAAGUUGCAAUUCAAGGGAUCUCCUCUUCCCAACAACAACAAUGCUCUGUCAUAUCUUCUUCCGAGUUACUGAAGAAUUGCCAGCAGGGGUCGGUGGCUUAUGUGGUUCACUUAUCUGCUUUAGCUGAGGAUGGUACCACUGAAACACCAAUUCCACAAGAUAUCUUGCGCGUGCUGGAACAGUUUACAUAUGUGUUUGAAGAGCCUAAAUCACUACCUCCAAGAAGAAGUUGUGACCACAGAAUUCCCCUGAUUCCCGGAGCUCAGCCUGUCAAUUUACGGCCCUACAGAUACAAGCCAGAACUCAAGACAGAAAUCGAGCGUCAGGUCCAGGAAUUGUUGGAUGCAGGCAUUAUUCAGAGGAGCUCUAGUGCUCUUUCAUCCCCGGCUCUACUAGUUAAAAAGAAGGACGACACCUGGCGUCUUUGUGUGGACUACAGAUGUCUGAAUUCAAUGACCAUUGUCAAUAAAUAUCCUGUCCCACUAAUUGAUGAACUACUUGAUGAACUCCAGGGAGCAAAGCGGCCCAGGCAGCAGAGAAGAGCAACAGCGGGGCGAGUGGUCAUCGAUUGGCAGCUGACUCAGCGACACCAACCAAUCAGGGAGAAGGGCGCGUCACUGGCCGGCCACGUCGACUGA